AUGAAAGGCACAAUUAAGAACUGCAGGUUUAUAUGCAGACAUGGACUUCAAAGAGGGGGAACUGGUUCUGAAGGACCCCAUGUUGUAGGAGCUCAACAUCCCCUCAAAAAGAUUGAUUGUUUGGUGUGUAGCUUAUGCUUUCGUUUUGUUGGUUCCAUAGAACUUGAAAUUGGAAGGAGGCUUUACAUGCAACAACUGAGGGCCAACGAGAGUCAUGUAGGUAAACUUGAUGGUGGAGGCAAAGAGAUUUUAGAAAAAUUUGCUGAAUUUUUUAGCGAUUCUUCCAUCAAGAAGGUCUGGCAUAAUUAUAGCUUUGACUGUCAUGUUAUAGAGAAUUAUGGAUUCAAAGUUUCGGGAUUUCAUGCUGAUACAAUGCACAUGGCACGAUUAUGGGAUUCUUCAAGACAUUUGGAUGGGGGUUAUUCUCUUGAAGGACUUACAGGUGACAGAAGGGUCAUGUCUAGGGCUCAGCUGAACCAUGAAAAGGACUUGAUUGGUAAGGUGUCAAUGAAAACUAUAUUUAGUAAGAAAAAAUUGAAAAAGGAUGGAUCUGAGGGUAAAACAAGUAUCAUUGCUCCUGUUGAAGAACUACAGAGAGAUGAGCGUAUACCUUGGAUAUGUUAUUCUGCCUUAGAUGCUAGCAGCACUUUGAAGCUGUAUGAGAGCCUAAAGAGCCAUCUUUCAGACAUGCCCUGGAAAUUUGAUGGUGUGCCAGUUUAUGGGAAAACCAUGUAUGAUUUCUACAAUGAAUAUUGGCGUCCAUUUGGUGAGCUUCUAGUCAUGAUGGAAUCUGAGGGAAUGCUAGUUGACCGGGCUUAUCUUGAAAGCAUAGAAAAGGUGGCCAAAGAAGAGCAAGAGGUAGCUGUUAAUAGAUUCCGUAAAUGGGCCACUAGGUAUUGUCCUGAUGCCCAGUAUAUGAAUGUGGGAAGUGAUUCGCAGUUGCGCCAGCUGCUUUUUGGUGGCAUUGUGAACAGAAAGGACUCCAAUCAAACGCUUCCAACUGAACGAAUAUUCAAAAUUCCCAAUGUUAAUAAUGUGAUUGAAGAAGGCAAGAAGGCUCCAAAAAGAUUUUGUGAUAUAAAGUUGACGAGCUUAGGUUAUAAUCUGGAGACUGAGAUGUACACAGCAACUGGUUGGCCGUCAGUUAGUGGUCAUGCUUUAAAGGCCCUGGCUGGAAGUAUUUCCGCUGAUUAUGACUUUUUUGAUGAGGAUUGUAACUUGGAUCUCGAUGAUGAAGAUGAAAAUCCUUCUCAAAGUGAAGUUGCACCGGUAAAAAUUGAUAAAUCUGCAUAUGGGACAGCCUAUGCAGCUUUUCCAACAGAGGAAGAAGGGAGAGAAGCUUGCCAUGCAAUUGCUGCUUUAUGUCAAGUCUGUUCAAUCAACUCUUUGAUCUCCAACUUCAUCCUUCCCCUGCAGGGACAUAAUAUAUCAGGAAAAGAUCUCCGUGUUCAUUGUUCCUUAAAUAUCAACACAGAGACAGGACGCUUGUCAGCAAGAAGGCCAAAUCUGCAGAAUCAACCUGCUCUAGAAAAGGAUCGAUACAAAAUCCGUCAAGCAUUCAUUGCUGCACCCAAGAAUUCUCUUAUAGUUGCUGAUUAUGGACAGCUGGAACUUAGGAUUCUGGCACACCUUGCAGACUGUAAGAGCAUGUUGGAAGCUUUUGAAGCUGGUGGAGAUUUCCAUUCAAGGACUGCAAUGAAUAUGUACCCACAUAUUCGUGAAGCACUUGAAAAAAAGGAAGUGCUUCUUGAGUGGCAUCCUCAGCCUGGUGAAGAUAAACCCCCAGUUCCUCUUUUGAAGGAUGCCUUUGCUUCUGAAAGAAGAAAAGCUAAAAUGCUUAACUUCUCAAUUGCAUAUGAGAAGACUCCUGUGGGGCACGGGAAGAUUUACUUGAAAGCUGCCAAGAAUUACUUGGAAAAAAAAACAAAUGAAACUUAUGCUGAAUUCUUAUGUCUUCUGCAGGUGCUAUUUAAUUUCCAAAUGAUGCAUUUGUGAUGAUUCUAGCACGCAUGAUUGGAAUGUUGGUUCUAUUGAUAUGGAGAUGUAGCAUAUUAUGAGUGUUGUUGAUAUGAACAUUUUUUUAACUUUUUAUGGACUGCAGAAAUUCA